AUGAGCUUCAAAGACCGCCCGGUAGACGACAAAGAAAUUGUCGAAGAGACUUUGACCUAUCACGGGUCAGAGAGCCUCUAUUCCAAUGAUCAGACCCAUCGGAAACUCAAGAGUAGACACAUUCAACUCAUUGGCAUCGGGGGAACAAUCGGAACAGCACUUUUUGUCCAGAUUGGCGAGUCACUGACCAAAGGAGGACCUGCUAGCUUGUUCCUUGCCUUUACGAUAUGGUCCACCUUUAUUCUUGCGGUCAGCAACUGUCUCUCUGAGAUGGUCACCUGGAUCCCCAUCUCUUCCCCAUUUGUGCGGUUCGCCGACCGCUUCGUAGACCCAGCCCUUGGAUUCACUGCCGCCUUCAACUUUUUCGUCUUCGAAGCAGCACUAGUCCCCUUCGAGAUCGUGGCCUUCAACGUCGUAUUGCAAUUUUGGACAGACAAAAUCCCUGUUGCUGUUGUUAUCGCCUUUGUGAUUGUGUGCUAUGCUUUUUUGAAUGUUUUCGCCGUAAAAUGGUAUGGAGAGUCCGAGUUUUGGUUAGCAUUUGGCAAGGUUCUUCUUGCCCUUGGCUUGAUAGCGUUCACGUUCAUUACCAUGGUGGGUGGUAAUCCAUUACACGACGCGUACGGAUUCCGCUACUGGAACCCGUCCAAAGUAUCAGGCGCACCAUUCGCAGAGUUCAUCCAAAAAGGCGACCUGGGCCGCUUUAUGGGCUUCCUCGCCUGCCUUAUCCAAGCAUCUUUCACUAUCGCAGGACCGGAUUAUGUUUCAAUGACCGCGGGCGAGGCAGAACUCCCGCGCAAAACCCUUCCUCGAGCAUACAAGAGCGUGUUCUACCGGCUGACCACCUUUUUUGUCCUUGGUUCCCUGUGCAUAGGAAUCGUGGUACCUUACAAUGACACGAACCUCUUGAAAGCGCUCUCUGAUGCCCGGCCGGGGGCUGGGUCUUCUCCCUAUGUCAUUGCGAUGCAGCGCAUGGGGAUCCCAAUCCUGCCCCACUUCGUCAACGCUUUAGUAAUGACGUCCAUCUUCUCAGCGGGGAACAGUUAUGUGUAUUGCGCUAGUAGGACGUUGUUUGGCUUGGCGCUCGACGGCAAGGCUUUGAGGAUCUUUGCUAGGUGCACAAAGUCUGGUGUGCCUAUCUAUUCCGUCACUUUGACGCUGGCGAUAGCUCUCUUGGCUUUUUUACAGGUCUCGACUAACUCGGCUGUGGUCCUUAACUGGUUCGUAAGCCUUGUGACAGCCUCGCAGUUGUUGAACUUUUCUUUCAUCUCGUUCACAUAUAUACGGUUUUACAACGCGCUUAAGGCCCAAGGCAUUGAUCGCUCGACAUUGCCUCAUAAAAGUUUCUGGCAGCCUUUCUGCGCAUACUACGCACUCUUUGGUAACGUGGUCAUGGCUUUCGUUGGUGGCUAUACCGUAUUUCUCAAAGGCAGAUGGGAUGUACCUACUUUUCUCUUCUCCUAUGCAAUGAUUGGAAUCUGCCCCGUCCUGUUUGUGGCAUGGAAGGUGUAUCACCGAACACCAUGGCGGAAACCUACCGAAGUCACCUUCUUCGAGCUAGAGCGAUCCCAGAUAGACCAGUAUGAGGAGAACUUCGUAGAUGAGGCUUCCUCAAAUCGUUUCCUUCGAUUCUGGAACUGGAUCUUUUCAUGA